AUGUCGCUCGUCUCUCAUUUUGGACGCCGCCGACUGUCGCUGCUCGUGGGCGCUCCAAAAUCUGCUUUUGUAACCCCCACGCGGUUGUCGUCGAGCACCUCGUGGCCUCGCCUCGCCCUGGUGUCACGCACCGGUCGCUCUCCCUUGCUUCAAUUUGCCCAAAGCCGUUUCGCGGCCACCUCGACAAAACCUCUUUUCGCCGCCGCCAUGCCUGCUGAUACGGAACACGUGCACGAGCACGUCAACGAGGAGGAGCUCCUUGACGACCUCAAGGCCAAGAAGGCCGCCAAGAAGGAGAAGAAGGAAAAGAAAGAAAAGAAGGAGAAGAAAAACAAAAAGGACAA